AUGCCAGCAGCUUCAUGGACUACCAAAGCGCAGUAUACAUGGCUCCAAGAACAAAUGCCAGAGUACAUGCAGCAAAGCACCGGGGACAAGGACUACUCCUGCUUCUGGCCCGGCAUACACAAAUAUUGGUUCAAAACAUGGCCAGAGCGCAAUAUUCUGUUCCCCGACAUCCCUGGUGAUGUGUCGCUCACUGUUGAGCAGACGAAACAAGAAGUUAAAGCUGAAGAGCAACGUAAAGUUCAACUGGCAACCUGGUUCCAUUGGCGGGCGGGUUCGCCCAAAAAGAAUCGCGGCUUGAAGAAGGAACAGACUGUCUUUGAUGCUGCCCUGCAACCGAAGACGCAUGCAAAGUCUGUCGAAGAGAUCUAUAUGGGCAUGGUCUACGACGAGCAGAUCAAACCCCUGGUCAAGGCCAAACAAGAAGCGGGCAAUGUGACUACUUCUGGUCACUGCAUGGCAUUGGGUCGAAGGUUGUCCAAGGAGCUCUUAGAAGAUGAGUCGGACGAGGUUAAAAAGGAGGUUAGAAAGAGGUACAACAAGCAGAUAAAAGGUAGCAAGGGAAAGGGUGACAUACUGGAUGACGAAGAUGAUGAUAACGAUGAAAGUGAUCCUGAUGCCAUCGCAAAAGGUAUUGACAAAUUGCCAAUCAUAUGCCAGCACUUUGCAUGCCUCGUCAAAAAACAAACUCAAUUCAUUGUGUCCUUCAUGUGCGCCGGACCUGACCCAAGGCAUAAUCAGGACAUAGUUACUUUAUCGUGCCAUCCAUCAGAAACCUCUGGUGGGCGCAAUUUUGCCCACCUGUACCCUGACAAGGACUAUGCCUUCCUUGGUGCGUACCAGGAAUUUGCAGAAUCAAUAUUCUCUGCGAAGGAACAUGACCCCUUGCUGCCAGCUACCACAAACGUCGGAGAUGGCAACAGGAGUGAGGAACUUGAAGAGGAUGAAAGUGGCGAAGAGGAUGAAAGCAGAGAGGAGAACGAAGGAGGUACUGAUACCAUGAGCUGGGAUAACCCCGGCCUUUAUACGAUUUUGCAGACACCUGAUGCAUCAACCGGACCUGAUGCAUCAAUGACAACUGAUGCAUCAAUGGCAGGCACCGUGGCGCUGGCACCGGCUGGCUUCGCUGAUGCAUCACUUCAGCUUACGGGACCAUUCUACUCUCAGUCCCAAUAUCCUGACUGGUCACUGGAUUUGCACAGUGUUAUGAUGCCUCAAGCUAGUGCGCCUCUCGGCUCAAUUGAACCAUUUGAGGCCCGAUUUUCACAGCCCGGUCUUAUGGCUACGGGAUAUCUUGGUAGCAGUACCGUGCAGAACACAUCAUUCAGCUCACCAGCUUCUUUGGGAUUCUCACUUGCUGACACCAUGCACGGGUGGAAUUUCAACAAUGACAAUCUUAAUUCGACAGGGUGGGAGACAUCUACUUCCCACCCUUCCAGCUGCCAACCCCCCUUCUCUGACUGA